GAGGCGAGAAGAAUAAAGGGUCCAGGUCCCCCUUGGUUUUAGUUGUGCUUCUUCUUAUUGUUUUUUGUUUGGUAUAUCAAUCAAACAAACUUCGCCAUCCAUUGUACGCAUCAUAAAUAUACGAGGAUAGCAAACGUCUAUCCAAUCGAUCUGAGUGCAAGGGAAAUUUGAUAAAUAAAAAAAGAAGAAGAAAAGAGACAAGAUCGCAAACAUGGUCCUCGGAUUCUUCCACCAUCUGGGCUCGUUCCUGCUCCUCGCAGCCUGCGUCCUCCUCAUCAUCACCACCAUCACCGCCCCCGUCAUCAAGAACCUCGCCAUCCUGCGCGUCGACCUCCAGAAUGGUGACACCGUCAACUUUGGUACCUUCGGGUACUGCAUCCUAAGUGACGCCGGAAACACCUGCACAAACGCCCGCAUCGGCUACUCCCCCGUCCCCCUCCUCGACACCCUCGGCGCGGGCGACUACGGCUCGGCAUCCAAGAACACCGCCGACGCCCUCACCCGCGUCAUGGUCUUGCACCCCGUCGCAUGCGGUCUUGCCUUCCUCGCCUUCCUCGCCUCGCUGGGUGCUUCCAUCUUCGGCUCCCUAUGCGCCGCGCUCAUCUCCUCCGUGGCGUGGUUGAUUACUCUCGUCGUGCUGAUUACGGAUUUUGUCGCCUGGGGAAUCGUCAAGAAGAAGGUCAAUGAUGAUGGGAAUAGCCAUGCUAGCUUUGAGGUGGGGAUCUGGACGCUGCUUGCCGCGUUUGUGGUGCUCUUCCUUGGAACGGUGUUGGUGCUGCUUACGUGCUGCUCGGGACGCAGGGAGAAGAAGCGCGGGGGAGUAAGGAAGGCCGAGCCGGGUUUUGUUGAUGGACCAGGCAGGCCCGCCAGGAGACGUUGGUACCAGAGGAGAUAAACAACUCGUGGGGUUGUGAGAUCUGGAAGGGGGAGGGAAAGGAAAGGGGUUUAAUGUGGACGUGGGAUGAUGUGUAUGAUGGAUGAAGGGGCGCGAGUCUCAUGUGCCGAUACGGUGCUGGGAAGUGUAUAUGGGCGCGAUGAUGGGGAUGCAGAGAUGAUUAAAAGACAUAAUUCCAUAGCUUAAUGAUACCAAUCCUCGAUUUCCAAUGAUCAAAGUUUCGAG